AUGGACGGUCCAGCCCUCGUGCCCGACGAUGUGCUCGACCCGCCACCUCCGCCGCCGCCGCGGCUGUUCGAACGCCUUCGCCAGAUAGCUGGGUAUAGCUGGGAUGAAUCGGCGCCGCCUUUCCACUCGACAUAUGACUUUUGGCACGUCUUCGGCACCCGAUAUGUCUCUCCCGCGCUACCCCCCUCCACCUCGUCGCAGAACGCUUCCAGUCCUGGCUCUGUAUCCAAAUUUCAGUCAGGUCGCCCAACUCCCUCCGACCAUGGCGGCCCGCUCUCCAGCUACAGCUUUGGCUACAGUAGCGAACCCCCCGCCUCCCCGCAACCCACCGCUCACUCCAAUCCUCUCUCCUCGCCUUCUACCGAUGUAACGUAUAUCGAAGAGCGUGUCGUUGCGCGCGUAUCACACCAUGCCCUCCGAGAGGAGAGGGCCUUUCAAAUCGCCAAGAGCGUCUCCGCGACCGCCGACCCCAACGGCGACCAUAUAGUAAAACCCCUUGAUUUAAUCCGCCUGAACCCAGUGACUGGUGACCGCGGGGCCAUCGUCGUGGCCAUAUAUCAGCACCCGGGCUACAAUCAUCUGCUUGAUGUCUUGGACAUGGGGCCCGCCUUUUAUCAUGCGCGCAAAGAUGGCGAUGCAUACCGAGCUUACUACUGUAGACCGACCCUUCAACCCCCCAUAAGCCUUCAACACUUUCUCGACUUCGCGAUUGGCGCGACCCAAUGCUUGGAGAUCCUCCACCACAGCCGAGGCAUGGUUCACGGAGAGAUUCGGGGAGAUGCGUUCCACUACAACAAAGAUGAAAACAAGGUCCGGGUCAUGUCCUUUGGGUCUGGCGUCCGGUCUUUCGAACACGGCUUAACCAGCACCGGCUGGUCGAUGCUCUCGAAAGAAUUGGGAGGCAGGAACAAGCUGCUCUUUAUCAGCCCUGAACAAACCGGCCGUAUGCCUGCCGAACCCGAUACCCGUACCGACAUUUACUCGCUCGGUGUUGUCUUUUGGACCCUACUCACUCAGCAGCCCGUUUUCACUGGCGAAUCAGCUCUCGACAUUGUUCAAGCCGUGCUCGGCCGCAGAAUCCCCAAUGUCGCAACUGUACGAAUGGAUAUACCAGAAGUCAUCGGACGGAUUAUCCAGAAAUGCACGGCCAAAAAUGUUGCUGACCGCUAUCACUCAGCUAGCGGUUUACGCCACGAUCUGAUCAGUGUCAAGGAGUAUCUUGAAGAUGGAAACUUAAAAGCUGCCAAGGACUUCAAAAUCGGCACCAGCGAUGUCUCGUCCUUCUUCAUGCUCCCGACUUCCAUGAUUGGUCGGCAGGAGGAAAAGGCCGCCGUUCUCAGGGUAAUCAAUCGUGUUGCCAAGAGCCAUGCUGCCAUGCGUAAGGGCCCCGUCAGCAGAUUCUCAGAUGGAGCUAGCCUCAACGAGAUGAUGGCCUUUGAUGACAUCUCCAGUGAAGGCGGUGCCAGCUCGGCCGAUGGUCACAAUCGCAGGAGCGGAUCGUUUGCCCAGACCAUAUCGUCCGAGACCAGAACAACGAAGAAUAGCUUUUUCCCCACAAUCAUAUCCGAAACUAUGACCUUGUCAACCGACUCAUCCCAAUCUACUGCCGCCGCGUUUCCUAGAUUUACGAGGCCAUGGGAGCGAUGGGAACGGCACCAGUCCAUUUCCUUGGGCUCGCUGGACUCCUCAAGCAUGCUCGACAGCCUUAACGUGGAAGGAUCCCGUGGUCCACUCGACAUUGGUCCGUCUAGUCUGUCCAGGCAGCUUGGCUCGUCCAAAUUUCGACGUCAAGGGCACUGCGAAGUCAUCACCGUUGAGGGCGCCGGCGGCGUAGGAAAGAGUCUCUUUGUGCAGUCAGUGCUGGCCGACGCUCGGCGCAAUGGUUACUGCGCCACGGCCAAGUUCGACACUGCAAAGAGGACGCCCUUUGGACCGCUGCUGAAGCUUUUGUCGUCUCUUUUCAAGCAAGUGUGGGGUGAAAGGGAUACAAAUACGCAAUUCCACCAGGGUUUAAAACAGUACAUUCGCCCAGUAUGGCCAAUGCUGCACAGAAUCUUGGGAUUGCCUGAGUUCCUGCUUGGCUCCCCAGAUAUGAAUGUUCCACGGCCAAUUUCCUCGUCUCAGAGUUCAGGCUCACGCAAAGACGUUCGGCCGGGGCUGAAGCGUAGAACAUCAUCCCCUGGAACCGAAUCUCCCGGGCCAUUGCAGCGAAAUCUGGCGGGUAACGGAUCCCAAUCCUCCCAAGAGUAUCUCCGUGCUGGAGCCUCAACCAAAACCAUGCGUCUGAUCAACACCAUCUUGGACGUGCUCAGGGUUUUCACCACUCACAAAUUUAUCUGCUUCUGUCUGGAGGACCUGCAUUUCGCCGAUGACGAAUCCCUGGAGCUCAUCUCGCAGAUCAUAGCCGCUAGGAUGAAAAUGGUUGUCAUCGUAACUUACAGACCAGAGGAACUCCCACCUGCGAAACUCCAGGUUGUCGUCCAGCCGUUGGAGGCAGAUGAAUUUCCUCGCAACUCACGCACACAGGUGACGAGAAUAGUGCUCAAUCCCCUUAGCGAGAGUGAUAUCCUUCAAUAUGUGUCAGCGACUCUUUGUAGACCUCAAGAGGAAAUUCUCUCCCUUGCUUUAGUUAUUCAGUCCAAGACAGCCGGCAACCCAUUUUACAUGCGAGAGAUGCUCAGCGCCUGCCAUAGGAAGAGGUGCAUCUGGUAUGAUUACCGCGACAGUCAAUGGCACUAUGACAUGGAUAGGCUAUUCGCGCAGUUUCAGGGCGAGAAAGAUUAUGAUGUUUUGGAUACCGCAUUCAUCACCCACCGAUUGAAUGAACUACCAUCAGCUGCUAGGGCAGUACUUGCUUGGGCAGCUCUUCUCGGGGGCUCCUUUUCAUUUGAGCUGCUAUGCCGGCUCAUGAGCGGAGAGUUUGACUACCACGACGAAGACGAACUUCUGGCUUGUCCGAGCAAUGUUAGCAAUGUUACCCAGCGUUCUUACACUGAAGGAGAGGCGGUUGCCGGCUUACAGGCGGCCAUUCAAGCUUAUAUCAUCGUGCAGACCGAGUCGGACGACCGCUUUCGUUUCGCACAUGAUCGGUAUGUGCAGGCUUCUGCAGCUUUGAAGGAAUGUAACGCUCGAAAGAUGCACUUCAUUAUCUCCCAGACGCUAUUGAAAUACUACGCGGUGGAGGCUAGGCAGCGUGACAGCACUGCUUCGCACAUCUGUACCGCCGUUGAGAUCAUCAGACGCCGUGUGCCCUGUCGUCGAGAGUUCCGAAAACUGCUCAUGGAGUGCGCACGAGGUGCGACGGAGAACGGAGCUAGGCCUACGGCGGCAAAAUAUUAUACCGCUACAAUCAGGCUCUUACAAGAUGAUCCAUGGUCUGACGAUGUUGAAGACGCCUCUUACGACGAAACAAUCCAGCUUUAUCUUCGGUCAGCAGAGUGCCACCUAUAUAUGGCCCAGGUGGCCGCAGCCGGCGAACUCCUUUCCAUAAUCUUCUCCAACGCCAAAAGCCCGGUGGAUAAAGCACCAGCAUAUGUCCUGCAGUCGCGGAUUUACGCUCAGAGCGGCAACUCUCCAGCAGCAUUGGUUUCUCUGAAAGAGUCGUUGGCCUCACUGGGCAUCUCGCUCGACGAGGAACCGACUUAUGAGAAAUGUGACGAGAAAUUCCACAAGAUUGUGGCAGAGAUACAAGAGAUAGAUCGACAAGAACUGCUCAACCACAAAAAAUCAAGUGAUUCCUCCAUAGCAUCUGUCGGCGCUGUGCUUGCUGAGACAACCAACGCAGCCUGGUGGAGCGACCACUUGCAAUUUUAUCAUCUCAGCCUGGUCAUGUAUGAUAUCCACAACACUCGAGGCUCGUUUCCACAAUCCGGGAUGGUGUUUCUCAACUUGUCCGUUAUAGCACUGGCACGUUUCAACAUGGUUCCGUUUGCUAUAGAACUUAGCAUGGUCUCUCAGGACCUGUUGUUCCAGGCCCGCGAUGCCUACUCAUUGGCACGGGGCGAAAUGCUACACCAGUGCUUCAUUGGACACGUACACUGCUCCAUGCCGUUGGCCAUUUCCCAGAUGGAGGAUGCUAUCGAGCUGGCGUCCGUCGCUGGCGACAGGAUGUCGACGAUCCACAGCUAUGGGCUAGCUGCUCAGAUCAAAUUCUUUGCGAGCGAAAAUUGCACCGAGCUUGAAGCGUUUUGCGAACUAGCUUGCGAGGAGAUUUUUAGAUGGGCCUGUGAUAGUAGAGGCGGAGUAAUGCUUAUUGCUGUCAGACAGGCUUGCCGAGCGUUACAAGGCAAGACGCGCGCUCAUAAUGCUCUGGAGGUCAUGACGGACAACGAGCACAAUAGCGCAUCCUACAAAAACUGGCUGGUGGGACGGACGGGGGGCAGCAGUCGUCCAAUGCUGUUCUAUGAAAGUUUCGAAAUCGUCGUACUCUUCUUAUAUGGCCACUACGAUCGGGCCAUCGAGAUUGGAGAAAGGUGUUUCAACCAACUCGCCGACCUGUGGUCAGCACGGAAUACGAGGAUGAUAAUAUUCUUCUAUGGGUUGGCUCUUGCUGGCCGCUUGCUUCGGAAAACGCAGGAUCCGCGCAGCCAGCCUGAAGACUUUACUGAAGAGAUCGCGCAGCUUGUGGAGAAGCUCAACGGAUUUUUGAAGAUGAUUAACGAUUGGGCAGCGGUGUCUAAUGUUAACUACUUACCGUGGGCGAAGCUUUUGGAAGCACAAAUGUCAGAGUUGACCGUCCGCCAUGGGGAAAGUGUCCAGGCCUACGAAGAGGCCCUGGACCAUGCUGCCGAGCACGACUUUGUGCUUGAGGAAGCCCUGGGCAACUAUCUCAUGGCAGGUUUCUUCAUCCGACGUAAAGCGCGGCGGUCUGCUCGUGCUGCCCUUCUUGAUGCCUUGAGCUUGUUCAGACAAAUGGCAGCUACCGGUGUCGCCCAUGCCAUUGAAGAGGCGCAUUCUCUUCUUCUACAUGGGCCAACGCGGAAUCAUCGCGUUGCCGAUAUGGGAGUGCAGACCGAUUUCGUCACUGACGCGCCUUCGGUUCAGUAUCGCCCUGUGGAUGGAGACGAUGAUGAUGUUCUGACCCAGAUUCCUUCCAAUGCCUUGACUGAGUCCAAGGGGGAGCAAAUUGGGGCCUGGAGAAACUCGAUGCACAUGCAGACGGAAGACGGUGGUGGACUCCCUGCUCUCGAUAUGAUCGAUUUGCAUGCGAUCCUCAAGUCGUCACAGGUCAUCUCCUCACUGCUACAGGUGGAAGAGCUGCUCAAGACCAUGUGUGAUGUGAUUCUGCAAACAUGCGGCGGCUCAGCUACCAACGCUGCUAUUGUGGUUUCUGAUACCGAUGGCUGGUGCGUAGCAGCCAGCGGCGAUCCGGAGAAGGGAGCUUCAGCACACAAGCCAGCCUUGCCCCUCGCGAGCACGCCUUUGAUUGCCGAGAAUGUCGUCUUGUACUGUACGCGAUUCAUGGAAAGCGUCUUCAUACCAGAUAUCGUUUCCGACGAGAGAUUUGGCAACGUUAGCGAGUCUUGGAUGCAAAGGAAUCCGACAAGCAAGGCCAUUAUCGCCAUUCCCAUUCGUCAUGCGAACAAGCCACUGCUUGGCGUGCUAUAUCUCGAAGGCGUCCCUGGAUCAUUUACAGACCGCAAUGUGACCGUUCUUCAGCUCCUGGUCAACCAAAUCGGUAUUAGCUACUCGAAUGCAUUGUCAAUGAAGAACAUUGAAAAGAUCUCGGCCGAAAACCACUCCAUGGUGGAAAUGCAGAGGCUCGCGCUUAAGAAGGCCAUCGAGGCAGAGGCAAAGGCAAAGAACGCGGAGGCCGAGGCAAAGCGAAACGUCAAACUGGCCGAAGAAGCCGCCAAGGCCAAGUCUAUCUUCUUGGCCAACGUGUCCCAUGAGCUGCGGACGCCUCUAAACGGAGUCAUUGGAAAUUCAGAGCUUCUACGUGACAGCAACCUGAAUAAGGAACAGCUUGAAAUGGCAGAUUCAAUUAGGGUCUCGGCUGACCUUUUGCUCACCGUUAUCAACGACAUACUCGACUUUUCCAAGAUGGAAGCCGACAAGAUGAAGCUUUACAACAUCGCCUUCAAUCCAGAAGAGAUGGUUAGAGAAGUCGUCCGGGCAGUUUCCUAUAGCAAUCGGGAGAAGACGACUAAGAAGAAUGUCAAGAUUAUCCAGGAUAUUAAUCUGCCUUCCAUGUUGAUCUACGGCGACCCGAUUCGCCUUCAUCAAGUCCUAGGGAACCUCAUUGGCAACAGCUUGAAAUUUACAGAGGACGGCUCUAUCACCAUUGGCGCCCGUCUGGACGAGGACACUAAGGAGAGGGCAACUCUGACUUUCUGGGUCCGAGAUACAGGAAUCGGCAUCCCGCCCCAGCAAUUGGCCAAGCUAUUUCAACCAUUCAGCCAAGCGGACGCCAGUACGGCUCGAAAGUAUGGUGGAAGUGGACUUGGACUGAGUAUUUGCAAGUCACUCAUUGAGAUUAUGAUGCAGGGCAAGAUUCAGCUCGAGAGUGAGGAAAACCUCGGCACGACUGCCUGGUUCACAGUCUCCUUUGAGAAGGCCAAGCCAGAUGUUGCUGCUGGAGAUGCUCAGUCACAAACCUCGGCUCCUGUCGACAGGUACACGGCUAGAUCUGCUGCAUUUGUGGAGCGAGCAGCCUCUCCGAACCCAUACCUUGAUUUGACACGGGUACCCAAGGAAGACAUUCGCAUUUGCGUGGCAGAGGACAAUCCCAUCAACCAAAAGAUUGCCAUUCAGUAUGUACAACGUCUGGGAUACACCAGCGUUAGUGCCUAUGAAAAUGGGUUGAAAGCGGUAGAGGGCCUCCGCCAAAAGGCCAGAGAGGGUAUCCCUUACCAUAUUGUUCUCAUGGAUGUCCAGAUGCCUGUCCUUGACGGAUAUGAAGCCACCAAGCUCAUUCGAAACGACCCAAUCGACGAGGUUCGCAAAAUCCUGGUGAUUGCCAUGACGGCAUCGGCAAUUCAAGGCGAUAGAGAGAAGUGCCUGGCUGCCGGUAUGAACGAUUACCUUGCAAAGCCCGUUCGUGCGGAAGUGCUUAAGCGGAAGCUGGAUGCAUAUAUGAGCAAUUCUAGGCCAAAGCCUCCGUCCUCUACCCCUUCUCCGCCCAACGCAUUGACAUAUGCGGAUACGACGAAUGGAUACAGCAGCGAAACUAUGUCGAAUGUUCCAAAACUGCCACCGCCCCCGAGGAAACCACUUCCGAGUAGUGCGUCUAGCACAAGCUCUGAGCCGGUGAUUCGGAAACCAGUGCCCAUCAGGUCGGGGUCAGGUUCGUUGCACGAGGCGCUAUUCGAUGGGCCUCAUAACUCGGACGAUUUGCAGCACCCUGGAAGUCCCAUAUUUGACGUCGAAGAACUCGAAACUCCGUUUGGGGAUGAUUCGGUUGCCAGCCAAGCAGACACAAAGAGCCGCUCAACAAGCAGGACGUCGAGCGAUCAAGAAUUCUCCGAUUCUGGGGCCAGGGAGGGGUCUACCUCGGGGCAGAAUCAUCAGCCUCGAAAACUGAACAAGAGUCGAGGGAAUAGCACUUCCGAGGCUAAAAUGGAAAACGGUGUCCAUGGAGAGCCCAUCAUCAGAGACGCCUAGGAUUUAUUCGCCCAUCCUUGGUCCCAGUUCGUCUUGUUGUUUUUCACCUUUAUACUUUACACGUCUCUUAUUUUAUCUUUCGCAUCACUUGUUUGACAACGUCAGCUACGUAUCUGGAUAGACGGACAGUUCACAGGGCGUUUUUACCCAACGCCUAUGGAUU